CUGCGCGACGCUCCGGCUCCUCCCACAUAUCACGAGAACGCAACGGCCGAGUCUCGCGAGCGCUGCUCUGGGAAUCUCAACUGAAGCUGCUGAGGCAACUGACUGGGUAUUUCCAUUGUCUGCGUCUCCGCGCAGGAGUUGUAUAUUGAAGACAAUGUCUGGAAGCUUCUACUUUGUAAUUGUUGGCCAUCAUGAUAAUCCAGUUUUUGAAAUGGAGUUUUUGCCAGCUGGAAAAGCAGAAUCCAAAGACGAUCAUCGUCAUCUGAACCAGUUCAUAGCUCACGCCGCCCUCGACCUCGUAGAUGAGAAUAUGUGGCUAUCAAACAACAUGUACUUGAAAACUGUGGAUAAGUUCAAUGAGUGGUUUGUUUCAGCAUUUGUUACUGCCGGUCAUAUGAGAUUUAUUAUGCUUCAUGACAUAAGGCAAGAAGAUGGAAUAAAGAACUUCUUUACUGAUGUCUAUGAUUUAUACAUAAAGUUUGCAAUGAAUCCAUUUUAUGAACCCAAUUCUCCUAUUCGAUCAAGCGCGUUUGACAGAAAAGUACAGUUUCUUGGGAAGAAACACCUUUUAAGCUGAAUGCAGAAAAAUUCGGAAAUAAACAAUGUCACUACAACGGAGUAUACUCAGGAAUGUGUACAUUGUAAGUUACUUGAUUAAAUAGCCUGGAAAAGUUUUACUUGUAGUCUCAAUUUAUCUAAACCGAAUGAAAUUCCUUUUAUAUUUAAAAAUAGUCCAUUCAAUUCUUAGAAUUAUUAACAUCAAUAUUUGAUUAUGAACAGUAUUAUUUAUAAAGAGCUCUUUACCGGUAAUCAUGAAAUACUUAUAUUUUAAAAAUUGAGAAUAAGCUUUUGACUUUCUUCAUCAGAUAGGUUGAUUGAUCCUGAUGUAACAAUCCAGAACCAAAUAUUGUCAAGAAUUGAUAGAUUUAAAACAAAAAGCGUCUGCAAUGGGGAAUGAAGUCGAUAGCACGUACAUGGGCUUAUCUCUGCAUCUAGGGAUGUUAUAAAGUGUAUAGGCAGUAUACAGAGUGCUACCCAAGAAGCCGAAGCAAACAGCUUUAGUAGUGCCAAAUGCACGUGGCUGCCCAUCAGAGACUGAGAACAGAGAUCCGGCCGUCAUUCUGGAAUCCUGGAUCUGUGUUUAUAAAAUGGGGCAUUGGGACCAAAGUGACAGAUGAUGUUUUAUUUCCUUUCCCUCAGAUGGUAUACUCAAGAUGAAAUGAACCUGCUGAUAUCUGUACUAGUGAAGAGUUGUAAGGCAGUUUUAGAGCUGUGAACAAAGCCAAGCCUGCAUUACAUUAACAUUUGCACUCAGCCUAGUAGGCUGUACACAGAAGGGUGGGCAUGGUCUCCUGUACUGUAAAUGUCACAAGUGUGGGAUCUUACUGUAAACGAGUAAAUGUCGAUUGAAAAGUAAUAUAACCAGACAUUUUCUGCGCUAAUUGUGAACACUUGAAGAAUUUUGUUCCAUUCUGAAUAAAUCGAGUAAGUAAUUCCAAGUUUGGUCUUAUAUCUGUGUAUGAAGUUGCUACCAUGAUUUUUUACCCCAUCUAUUUAUUUGACUUCUUAAAUAAAGUUGUUUGUCCAAGA